CUCUGAUUUGCAGUAGCUGCGGAGGAGCGUCGAAUAGAUUCAAUUCAAUUCAUUGACAAGGUCAGAGGAACGCAAAUUGGAGCAAGUUUGCGCCAAAAUUAUUUUGCGCGGGAACAAAGACGCAGAAAAGAUGGCAGUCGGAGAUGUUGUGUUUCCAAAAGAAGAGGAUAAGUAUAAAGUUGAUGCGAAUGAAGUUAUUCACAUGAAACUUGUUAGAACUGCAGAAGAUGUAAAAAAUGAAAGCAAUGCCUUUCAGCCAGAAAUGAGCCAUCAAGUAUUUGGUGAUACUGAAUCAAUUUUUGGAUACAAUGGAUUACAUGUCAAGCUCUACUACCAUGCAGGAAGUUUGCUAACUUACCUUGGAAUGGAAUACAAAGGGAAGGUUCCAGAUUCACUUGGAAUUGAAGCAGACAAAGUUUUGCCAAAUAUAGCUGAAAUACUGGCUCCAGGAUACUGCACAAAUUUGGAUGAAUUUGUUGCCAAGCUACCUGGAGAAAGCAAGUUUACACCAAUGGGAACAAAAAUACAUUCAUAUAAAGUAAAAGAUACAGAGUAUGAAAUUUAUCAGGUGGAUAUAUCAGUUCCUGGAUUUCGAGAAUACCAUGAACGAUUACAAACAUUUAUUCUUUGGUACAUUGAUGCUGCAUCAUUUAUAGAUGUUGAUGAUGAAAAAUGGAACUUCUUUUUAUUAUUUCAAAAACAGAAAGGGCCAACAGCAGGAUAUGAAUAUAAUAUUUGUGGAUACAUGACUGUCUACCAUUACUAUGCCUACCCAACAAACACCAGACCGAGAAUCAGUCAAAUGUUGAUUCUCCCACCAUAUCAAAAAUGUGGCCAUGGAGCUGAGCUUUUGCAGACAGUUUACAACUUUUACCAGCCAAAAGAAAAGGUUAUUGAUAUUACAGUUGAGGAUCCCUCAGAGGACUUCAUUCGAUUACGUGACUAUGUUGAUUGUCAACGAUGCAUCUCACUUCCUGCAUUCACACCUGAUAAUCUUAUAAAUGGAUUCAGUGACUCAAUGGCAACGGAAGCAAGACAGAAAUUCAAGAUAUCAAAGCUGCAAGCAAGAAGGGUGUAUGAAAUACUUAGACUGAAUGUAACCAACACAGGAGAUCCUGAACAGUACAGAAAUUACCGCUUGGAUAUAAAAAAGCGCUUAAAUGCUCCCCUAAAGAAAGAGGCAAGGUACUUGACAAAGCUACAGAGUGCACUAAGUGAAGAGGAAUUCAAGGCAGCAAUGUUCAACCUUAGUGGAACAGAAAAAAUGAAACGACUUGAAGAGGCAUUUAAACUUCUAGAGGCAGACUACAGACGAGUGUUACACAGGCUUGCAACAGCAUAACUCGAGUACUUUACUACCUGAUUAAUUUCUGGCAUUAUAAUUAGUCUUUGUUGUAUAGUAUAUUACGUAUAUCUAUCAAGUUAAUAAAAAUAAAGAAGCUAAA